AUGUCAAGACCAGUGAGGAACAGGAAGGUGGUGAACUAUUCACAAUUCAACGAGUCUGACGCAGAUGAGGAGUAUGGUGAUGGCGAGCCCAAGAAGGUCCGCGCAGCCCCCCGGGAACCCAAGCACAAGCGCUCAAAGAACUCACAAGAGGACAGCGAGGACUCGGACGAAAAGCUCUCCAAAGCCAAAAAUGAAUCUGCAGACGACUUCGGCAGCGACGAGGAAGAGAAUGAGUUUGGAGAGGAGGAGGAUGAGGACGGAGGGAGCGACUACGAAGAAGAGAGAGGGAAAAAGGGAAAGAAAGCCAAGGUAGAAAAGCCCACCAAGAGGGGCCCCAAAAGAAAAAGGGCCGCAGACGACAGCGAGGACGAGCGGGAAGUGAGUCGAAAGCGCACGGUGCGCCAGGCGGCCUCCAAGGCCGUGUCCAAACAGAGAGAGAUCCUGCUGGGGGACGGGGGCAGCGAGGACGAGGAGCAGGAGGACCCCGAGGAGUCCUACAUGGACCCCGAUGAGUCCGGCAGUGACGAGGACUUCCUGGUGGAGGACGACGACGACAGCGACUACGGGCGCUCCAAGAAGAGAAGCAAGAAGGUGAUCCGACGGGGGAGGCCCGACAAGAAGGAGAAGAAGAGCCCCAAGCCCAGACUAAAGGCCACAGUGACGCUCAGCCCCGUGAAAGGAAAGGGCAAAGGUCGCCCCAGCACCAAGAGCUCCGAGAAGAGCUCGCCCAAAGAGGAGGAGGAGGAGGAGCCAGAGAGCCCCCUAGAGGAGGAGGAGGAGGAGGAGGAGGAGGCCAAGAAGGAGACCACCCCUCCCCCCAAGACAAAGAAGGAGGCGGCUGGAGGAGAGGAGGAGGAGGAGGACGAAGAGGAGGAGGACGGCUCAGAAGAGGAGGCGCCCUCUGGAGAAGACUAG